UAUAGUGGCUUUUUCUUUUUGGAAAAUUUAAGCUAUUGUGUGGCCUUAGCGUGAAAGCAAAGUCUAAAGUAUAUAUUCUUAUUACAUUUAUCAAGACAGAGACAGGUGUUUCUGAAUUUAACGUUGGUGGAAGACAUCAUCAAUGGUUUCUUCUUGGAACCUCCAUCGUUUGUGAGCCGUUUCUGGGUCCAAUUCAUUUUUGGGGGUGUGUUUGUGUGCGUUUUUUGGGGUGUGUUUGUGUGUGUUUUGGGUUUGUCUCUGCAAGCAGUUCCUGGGCUCUGUUUGGAAGAGGGUUAUGUGGGUUCAGAGGAGAGUGAUGAGUUGGAGGAGAGUGGCGAAGUCUCUGCAGGCUGUGGUGGCUCAUGGUUCGCUCUUCUCUUUCACCCUCUUUCUCGUUCUCAAGCUCGAUUGUGCGGUGUCUUACUCUUGGUGGAUUAUUUUUGUACCCCUUUGGUUAUUUCAUGUGGUUGUAGCACGCGGCAGAUUUUCCUUGCCUGCUCCAUCAAUGCCUCAUGAUCGCCAGUGGGCACCAUUUCACGCCGUCAUGGCGACGCCGUUGCUUCUUGCUUUUGAACUACUCGUUUGUGUGUAUCUCGAGGGCAGUUAUGCUGUAAACUUGAAGAUUGUCUUUUUGCCCUUGCUGGCACUUGAAACAGCAAUUUUGAUAGAUAAUGUCAGGAUGUGUAGGGCUCUAAUGCCUGGAGAUGAAGAAAUCAUGAGUGAUGAAGCAAUAUGGAGGACCCUUCCUCACUUUUGGGUUGCAAUCUCAAUGGUGUUCUUCAUUGCUGCAACAACGUUUACUCUUCUAAAGCUAUGCGGUGAUGUAGCUGCCCUUGGUUGGUGGGACUUGUUUAUUAAUUUUGGUAUUGCAGAGUGCUUUGCCUUUCUUAUUUGCACAAAGUGGUACAAUCCUGCUAUCCAUAGACAUUCUCACAUUCGAGAACCUAGUUCAUCUUCAACAAAUAUUAGAUAUCUUGACUGGAAUAGUGGCUUAGUGGUUUCAACUGAUGAAGAUGAGUACCAGAGUCGAAUAUGCAGCUUGCAGAACAUUGGUGGUCAUUUUAUGAAAAUUCCAUUCAUUAGUUUUCAGAUACUGCUUUUUAUGCGCUUAGAGGGAACACCUUCUGGUGCUAGACGCAUUCCAAUUCCGAUUCUUUUUUUUCCUCUUCUCUUGCUGCAAGGAGCUGGGCUUUUGUUUGCCAUAUAUAGAUUUGUUGAGAAAAUUAUUCUGUUAAUAUUUAGUGGAGCUGGUUCAGCAAGAUAUUUUAGAAUAUCCUCGAGAGUGCGUGAUUGUUUUAGUCUCAUGCACCAUGGGUCGAGGUUGCUUGGUUGGUGGUCUAUUGAUGAAGGAAGUCGGGAGGAACAGGCUCGACUUUAUCAUGAUGGGGCAUCUGGGUACAACACCUUUUCACCUGAUGCUGUGAAGAAAAUGCCUAAAUCAGAUCUAGCUGAGGAGAUUUGGAGACUACGAGCAGCGAUUAGUGAGCAAAAGGAGAUUGCAAAUUUUAGCGAGCUGGAGUAUGAAAGACUACAAAAUGAAAAGAUCCUGUGUAGGAUUUGCUUUGAAGAACAGAUAAACAUAGUUUUGAUCCCUUGUAGGCAUCACAUCCUUUGCAGCACCUGCUGUGAGAAGUGUAAAAGGUGCCCCAUUUGCCGUGUCUCCAUCGAAGAACAGCUGCUUGUACAUGAUGUAUAGUCUAAAUCAUCGAUUGACUUUUCACAAAUCGCUGAAAUCAAUAGCUUCUUCCAAAAUCCUUAUUUGUUGGUAAUGACUGUAAGUGAAGCAAGCAUUGAUUAGAUGGAAAAUGCAGCUUCCAUGUCAUGUCCGUAUAGCAAUAUCUAGUCAAAAAUUGUACAUAUACACUAUUGUACCAUUUCAUCAAAGUAGCAGAUGCCUUGUAUGUUUUGAUUCCUUCUAAAAUCUUGGUGUAAAUGAAGAGGAUUGAGAUGGAAUGUAAUUUGGUUUUUUGGCAUUA